AUGGCUAACGUGCAGAAUAAUCCAAUUUUUCAGACCAAUGAAAAAGGGGCAGCGGAUGAAGGAAAUAUGCUCGUGGGAGAUUUCAUGACCCCUCAGAUAACUCAAAGCCAGUCAAGCAUUGUAUAUCCACCAUUUGGACAAUCAAACUUCCAACUGAAGACUAAUGUGAUACAAUUAUUUCAAAACGGUCAUCAAUUCUAUAGAAGGACUGAAGAGAAUCCACACACGAAUGUUUCUCGUUUUCUAGAGAUGUGCCAACACUUCAGAUAUCAAGGAAUUUCAGACGAUGCAAUAAGAUUAAGGUUGUUUCCACAUACAUUGUGUGACAAGGCAAUUGAAUGGCUGGAUUCGCAACCAAUCGCAAGCAUCACCACAUGGAAUGAUCUAGCUCACAAAUUCUGCACUAAGUUUUUCCCACCUGCAAGAUUGCAAAGCUCAAGCACGACAUCUUUGUUUUUCGCCAAGGUGACUCGGAGAAUUUUGAUGAAGCCUGAAAUUGGUUCAAAAAGUGUCCACACCAUGGGAUUAGCAAGGGACUUCAAGUCCAAUACUUCUAUACGGGAUUACUUACUUCCAGCCUUUAAAAGCAUGGUUGACUCAUCAUCGAACAGAUUACAGUCCACAAAGACUGAUGAGGCACUGAAACUUUUUAAGACUAUGGCUACCACUUCAGCUAUGUGGACAUCGAAACUAGGAGUUCGAAAGAAAGACACCAGGGGUUUAUUAAGUGGAUGUUUAUUCUGCCUUAGCAGGCAGAUUUUGCUCAAUGGGGAUAGCGGCAGCAAAAACAAUACAUAUGGAGAAACAUACAAUUUAAGUUGGAGAAAGCACCAAAAUUUCUCUUGGAGCAAUCAAAACCAGAAUAAACCGCAGGGUCAAUAUCAACAGCCAAAGAAAACGCCUCAAUUAGAAGAGUUGUUUGGUAAAUUCAUGGAGAAGACUAAUCAGUAUAUGAAAGUUAACAAUCAAUUCAUGAGGAAAAUCGAAGCCACUCUUCAAGACCAGAAUGCAGCAAUCAAAAAUUUAGAGACUCAGAUGCGCUUUGAUCAAUAG